AUGUCCAAGAGACAUCUUUUUGAUUCGGCCGAUGGUCUUGUCAACAAGGCUCUGAGAGGCAUCAUCCGAUAUAACCCCAGCCUUAGUCUGGACGAAGCAAACAGAGUCGUUUUUGACUCCACCUACGACAAAUCCAAAGUUUCCCUCAUUAGCGGCGGCGGUUCAGGUCAUGAGCCCGCCUGGACAGGCUAUGUGGGUGAGAACAUGUUGACGGCUUCUGUUGGAGGUGACAUCUUCGCCAGUCCGAGCACCAAGCAGAUUGUUGCUGCUGUGGAGAGCGUUCCCAGCGACAAGGGAACCAUCCUCGUUAUAACAAACUACACUGGCGACUGCCUACACUUUGGCCUUGCCAAUGAAAAAGCUAAUGCCACCGGCCACAACUGUCGCACAAUCAUCUGUGGUGACGACGUUUCUGUGGGCAGGAAGGGAAGCCUGGUUGGUCGUCGCGGCCUCGCUGGACAAAUUGGAGUCCUCAAGGUCAUGGGUGGAGCAGCCGGCGCUGGUGGUUCUCUCGACGAUGUUUAUAAUCUUGGUGUGGCAUUCUCGGAACAAAUUGUUUCUAUUGCAGCCACCCUGGAUCACUGCCAUGUACCUGGACGCACUGAGCAUGCCAUGCUGAAAGAGGAUGAAGUUGAGUUGGGCACUGGACCUCACAAUGAGCCAGGAUACAAGAAGCUCUCGCCUGUUCCUACGCCAUCUGAGCUCAUUGACCAGAUUCUUACCCACUGCCUAGACGAAAAAGACCCUCAGCGUGGCUACGUCAAGUUCCAGCCAGGCGACGAAACGAUACUUUUGGUCAGCAAUUUUGGAGGCAUGUCGCAUCUUGAAAUGGGCGCUCUCGUCGACGAGCUUCUCGAGCAGCUUGAAGUCAAAUGGAGUAUGGAACCGUCCCGCGUCUGUGCCGGCUUCCUUGAGACUUCGCUCAACGCGCCAGCUUUUUCCGUCUCUGUCAUUAACGUGACUGCUGCCGCACGCAACUGCACAUAUUCAAUCGACGAAAUCAAACAAUUCUUUGACAUAAAAACAAACACAUAUUGGGAGUCUAUGGCUGGCUCGCAAGUGAUCCGACGAACGAGAAAAGAGCAGCUAGUACCAGCCCGCAAGGAAGAGCCCAAGACUGUAGAUGAAAGCCGGGACCUCAAGAUCGAACCUGCUAUGCUCGAAAAGAUGCUUCGCACAGCAUGUGAGGCCGUUGUUGUAGCAGAGCCUGACCUCACCAAGUGGGAUACGGUCAUGGGCGACGGUGAUUGUGGUGAAACGCUCAAGACUGGCGCAACAUCCUUGCUGGCUGCGCUAGACCUUGGCCUUGCGCGCUCCGGAUCAGUUGUCAAGGUGCUCCUGGAGCUUGAAGAGAUUGUAGAAAGCAAGAUGGGUGGUACUCUUGGUGGUAUUCUGGGCAUUUUCUUCGUCUCGCUCCGUGCCGCGGUCGAGAAGAACUGCAGCCUCGCCUCAUCGCAGGGCGCUGUGGCAGUCUGGGGUGCCUCACUGGCCUCUGCACUGGAAAACCUGCGCCGUUACACACCUGCCAAGGUUGGAGACCGCACCGUCAUGGACACUCUGAUUCCUUUCGCGGAAGUCAUUGGCCGUGCCGGUUUCCAGGGCGGCGUCGAGGCUGCAGUGAAUGGAGCCGAGGCCACGAAGACCAUGAAGCCUCGCCUUGGCCGGGCAACUUAUGUCGGCGCCGGUGCAGACCAGUCGCAGCAGCUUCCUCCUGAUCCUGGAGCUUGGGGCGCAAUGGUCGCUAUCCGCGGACUCCAGGAAGGGCUUUCAGCACAGUGA